UAUGCAUAAAAAUAAUUAAAGUUAUAUAAUUUAAAAUAUUAGUAUACGAGAAAAAUUAAAAAUUAAUGUUUAAUAUUAAAAAAUGUUUGUAUUUAACGUACAUAUAAAAUACAUAUUGUGAACCUAUAUACAUACAUAAAAUUCGUGUUAUGGAAAAAUAUCAAAUAUACAUAUAUAUACACAUCUCCGAAAACUCUUACAUUUCUAUCAGGAAUUUCGUAUUUAUCUCUCUAUCAUGCAGAAAAAUGUAAGAUUAUUUUGUAUACUAUAUGAUAGCUCUAAAAUUAUAGAGACGCUAUUAUUUAUCGUGUGACCAGUAUUAUCGGAUUUACCUCGUAACCGCGUUACAAGAUUAGAUUUUCAAUUGACGGAACGUCGUUCGUUCACGCGGACGAUGAACUAUUAAGCGUAAUAAGCGGAGAUAAUGAGCGACCGCGAGAGAUCGAUAACCGACGAGAGAAAGAAAGGAGAACGGCAACCACUGGAGUACCAUGAUGCUGGUAACACGAUAAGAGUGUUACAACCAAUCCCUUUAUAUGCAUUGUCCAAAGAGAGAGAGAGAGAGAAAAGGGUGUGCACCCGCGUUCGAUAACUCUAUCAUCGCCGGUGCGACGAGGAUGUGUACGCGCCGAUGGUUGUAUGUAUAUUAUUAGGGACAGCAAAACCGAUGAUAACGACGUCCUCGACAUGCUUAGCGUCAUGGAUGCAGAGAAAGAACGGAGAGAUUCGGGAAGAAGUUGUGGAGCAUCCAUGUCCCAUACAAGGCGUUUCACAUAAUAUCGCGUGACCAUCUGAAAUGUAUUUCAUUUAUUAAAGAAAGAGAUUAAUCUGUAGGUCAAGGUUAUUGCGCGAGUACGUCUUAUCAGAUGAAGCUUGAAGCGAACAAAAUUAUGCAAGAAAAAAAAAUGAAAAUGAAACUUUCUUUUUAAUUUAAAAAGCGAUUUUUCAAAGAAUACCGUAUGCGGAUCUUUUUAAUUCAACGCAAAAUUCGAUAGACUCAUGUUCAUUGAAGAAGACAAAUACGGAUCUUGAAGAAAUGGUGAAAUUUUAACGACUGUCUGCUCGAGUCAGACAAUUUUUAGCAAGAGAGAUAUUCCAGAUGGGAUCGAGAAUCAGAUGAAACAUUAUGUAUACACCGACGUCAAAAGUCUCGAUGGGUGACGAUUGAAAUAGCGGAGUGAGAAGAAGAACGUAAUGAUGAAGCCCACACCUGUCAGCCGCCUAUCCUUAACUAGUGCACGAUGCUGAAGGCAAACACUAGCGGCUUCUCUCCAUUUCCGCUUGGAAAUCGGUUAACCAUCCUGAACAAUCGAGUCGCGACUUGAUAAGACAUUAUACGCACAACUUUGGUCAGUUAUAUCAUGCAUUUCGAAUUCGAUUUUCCCUACAGCGUGUUUUCUCAAAGAAUAUACAGUCAAUGCGAUUGCUUAACCGAACUCCGAAGGGCGAUUACUAGAGCGCAAAAAUUCCGGUAAGUGAAAUCCGAGGAGGAGGACGAUAAACUCUGGAGCAUGUGUUAUUUAUCCAGAGAAACAUUGAGAAAUUCUGUUUUACUUUCCCCAGGUGACACUGCAUCAAUAUAUGAUUAGCAAGAUCCGAGUGACGGAUCCGCAAAGCUCGCGCGUAGAAAUCCUCCGAGUCCCUCCUCGCAUUUUGGUUGUCGGUGCGCGUUGAUGAGCUUCAUAGAUAGAGAUGGAGACAGAGAGGAGGAGGAGGAGGAGGGAGGGAGGGAGAGAGAGAGAGCGCGCCAAAAGUCGAUCGAUGCAUUGAGGCGCCUAGGCAGGCAAGGCACAGCUCUCUCCGCGAGCUCAACCCCCGUUUCUCACUCCGUUCACCCCUGCCGCGGCGGCACACGUCGCCUGCAGCGGCGGCGCGCGGGCGGCUGGUUUCCCUCCGGGGAAGAUACGCGAUGAUGUGCAGUUGCGCAUCGACCUCCGGGACGUGCACAACGGGUAGCGGCGCUCCGCGUGAGUGCAGCGGCGACGGUGACGGAGGCGGUGGCGCUUAGGCGGGGUUCCCGUUUUCGCUCUCUUUCUCUCUCUUUGUCUCUUGCAAGAGAUUAAAUUGUCUUUAUCAUCGUCGUCGUCAUCGUCGUCGUCGUCCUUACGAUCGAGCUCGUGGAAAAUGUCGGUGCUGGCGACUACUAUCGUUCGCGAUCCGCGAUUUUAGCAAUUUUCUUUUCAUUCUCGCAUUAUCCUUGUCGUUGAGCCGAUAUGCCAUUGUUUGAAGUCAACGUCUCGCACCGGAUCGCACCGGAAUUGUCACUGUGAUAUGCUCGUUUCGCUGGCGACUUAUUAUGGAGAUAGCUGAUACCGGAGGAGGAUCCGAUAACAGCGACAGACAACAGUGUCGAUCGCUAUAUCGCACCGUCUCACUGCUGUUGCUGCUUCUGCUGAUCGCUGACGCGUCGAACGGCGUUGGCAUCGGGGGUGGCACAGGGGGAAACGUCGGGAGCAGCGGUGGAGGAGGAGGCGGCAGCGGCACUUGCGGGUUGGCCGAGUUGACGUGCCGGGAUGGCCGAUGUGUGCCGAUCGACGCUUACUGCAACGGCGAAGAUGACUGCGGUGAUGGUAGCGACGAACCGGCGAUGUGCACCCCGUGCAAUCGCACGUACCACGGUCGCGAGGGACGCACGUACAAGUUGGAUCUGCCCAGGCCCGCCGAGGAACGUUUGCCGUUUCUCUGUCACCUGACGUUCACCGCGGCCGGACAGGGAUAUGGCGAGCUAGUCCAGCUACUGUGGGACGCGUUUAGCGUCGGUCGCGUCGACGCGAACGCCGACAACUACUUCACCAGCUGCCCCGAAGGCUCACUCCAGCUGGCCGAACUCGGUAGACACUUCACGGGUGGUUCGUGGUGCGGCGUCGGUGAAGGUCGUGCAUCCUAUUACAGUGAAACUAGUACAGUCACUGCCUCUAUAAGGCUGUUUCAUGCACCAUCGACAGUGCCGUUUGAGUUUCGUCUCCGUUUCCGCUUCGUUUCGCGCAACGAGGCGGUCGCCCGACUAGGCAAGCCAGAACUACCGGUCGAGCGGGGUUCCCCGGUGCCGGGCACCUAUUGCUCCCGUAACUUUUACGAGUGCCACCUGAAGCAGUGUCGCCUGCAGAGUCCGAAUUAUCCCGGCGAGUAUCCACGCAACGCCAGCUGCCUGAUUACCGUGCGGCAGAAGGAGGUGCCCACGUGCAAGCACGCAAUGAUAUCUGUCAAGAGCACGUCGUCCGGGCCGGUCGGCCUUAAUGCCGCAAUCAACACUAGUCUCAGUGUCUGGCAGGACUGUCCACCGGAGAGGGAUCGUUUGAUAUUUCGCGACGGCGCUCGCACCGAGGAUCCGGUGCUCCUGGUGUAUUGCGGUGGCCCGUUGCCGCAGAUAACCGCGCGCGGACCUGCCAUGCAAGUGGAAUUUCGUAGCUCGCCAGUAGCAAUACCGUUGGGUGCGUCAUCACUGCGACUCGAGCUCGAGCUACGAGUAGUUUACGUUGAUUCGGACGGUCUGGAUUAUGCCAAGGGCACACAGGGCUGUCAUUUCUUCGUCAAUGGUACCGGCGUCGGCGCUAAGCGGAGCGGCACGAUACGGGCGCCGCUGCACGCGCUACCGCCCGGUUCCAGUUGCACGUGGAACAUCAAAGGAGCGAUCGGUGAUCGCGUUUGGAUAUACUUCUCAUCAUACUCGCAGCGUGACCUGACUGGCAACGGUGAAAACAACGCCAGCGCUGGCCAAGACAGCACGCCGUUGUCGCUAUUGUGCGCCGUUAAGCUCAUCUUCUGGGACGGGGCGCCAAACACGGGUCAACCGAUGGCCACGUUAUGCGACGACACGCCCAAGUUGUGCGCCCAUGCGGCGCUCCGUAACAUCACCAGGAGUACGAGACCCUGCACCAAGGAUGAAAGCUACUUGACAGCCGCACCGAGCCUGACGUUACGUAUGGAGACUGUUCUGGGUACCGCCCUUCAUCCGAUCAACUUUCACGCGCGAUACGAAUUUGUUUCCACUCUUCAAUCCGGCGAACCUUGGGACGAUGGUGUCUGUAGCCGAGUGUGGCGCAAAGCGCGAACUGGCGACGUGAUAUCACCGCGCGAUGUACGCCUGUUUGGUCGCGGUGGUUCCAGCAAGUUAGAUUGCAGGUAUCGCGUGGAGGCCGGCAGCGGCGAGCGGGUCCGUCUGACACUGCACAAUGUCAGUCUGGGCGAAUCCACCAUGUGCAUGAGCGAUUCGGAUCCACAUACUGGCAGACCGCGCUGCGUUCAGGAAAUCGGGUCCAGGGAGGCACGUCUAGUCCUCUACGAAGCGCCGUGGCGGGAUGUGAAGGUUCCCCGGGCGUGUCUGUGCGACAAUACGUCGCACUUGCCGCUCACGUAUGUCUCCUCCGGUCGAGCGGUAGAGAUAACUUUCCUGGUGGAUCAGCAGGCACCUCACGAAGACUUUGAGACGCUUUUCUUCUUCGCCAGCUUCGAGCUAAUCCGCGUACCGGAGUGUCCGCGCAAGCAGAGGAUCCGCGGCGAGGGUGGCGAACUGAGAUUCGUAACGCCUCCGCUGUCAAGACCAGAUAUAUACUGCGAGGGUCUCCCGUGGCUGGUAGAGGCGCACGAGAAUCGAUCGCUCUUUGUCCUGACCUGGGGCUGGUUCCUGCCUUUGGAGCCACCGACCGUCAGUCCCGAAUCACCUGGCGGUACCAGUGUCAGCGAUCAGAUCAAAUGCCCGACCACCAAUCGCAUCCUUCUUUAUUCCGGCUGGCCGCAAAAACUGCUAAAGGUGGUGUGUCCGGCGGAACCGGGCGCCCGCGAAUUCACCGUACACGUGUUCUCAGAGGAGUGGUUGGGCGCGACGGAAGAGGGCAAAUGGCCGGGUCCACCAAGACCACCGGCGCUAUUGCUGGACUUUGUGGCGCGGGAACCUGGUCAAGCGGCCGCGUCCUGGUUGGAGAUCUCCAAGAGCCGGGCAGCGCUGCGCCGACAGCUACGUCUUCCGGAGAGAGGCGCAAUAACGGAGAAUGAGACGAAUGGCAUGCCAUCCCACAUUGGCGACUGCCCGCACAAGUGCCCUGAGCUGGGUGCAUGCAUCGCCGCCAGUCUUUGGUGUGACGGACACGAACACUGCCCAUCCGGUCACGACGAAGCCAACUGCGGCAACGGUGCCCGAUUGCUCGGACUGCUGCCAUCCACUGUGUGGCUCGUCAUGGCCGGCGUCGCUGGAAUUGUCACUGCCUUUGCGUGCCUAUUCACUAUUCUUAUUAGCAGAUCCAAAGCUCGCACAAAGAGACUUCAUUACAAGGGGACGAAGAAGAGCAAAAAGCCGCGACGAGCACCGACGGAAGAGACACUCCUCGGGGCGGCAUCCUGACAACAACCGCCCGGUUUCGUGGAGUACAUUCACGUGGACCGGGAAACAACUGUCUAACGACGCUAAAUUCUGUGUGCUUCACCGUCCAACUGACUAACAUUAUUCGAUAAACAAAAAAAAAAUAAGAAGAAAAUGAAAAAAAAAGAUCUCUCCCGUAGUGCCAUAUAUAUAUGUAUAUAUACAUAUGAUCGCGUAGCGAUGGCGAAUUCUCGCAAAUUCCGCUACGCGGAAUCCUCUUCCUUCGCCCGUUCAUUCCCGACGACAAAACCUCGCUCGGUUUCGCAUCGAUUCGAGAUGCCGAAACGGGAUCUAUCAUCCACCACCGAAUGUCUUCUGUUGGCGAGAUAUUAAUGACGUAUUUGUUUGUGAUAGUUCCCUAUAUAUAUGUAUUUAAUUACAUUAAGUAUUACACACACACACACACACACACACACACACACGAAAUUCUCGACUUAGAUAUAGCUUUAAACACGUCUUACCAGGACGGAAAGUAAAUCCCGGAAUUGACUAGCGGGAUUCAGGUGUAAAGAAUACGAAGUCUACCUUUUAAAUACUAUUAUUACCUGAAGAUUCUCGCUAACACGUGCGUUCAUAUAUAGCGAUAAUUAUUUUAGAGACUAGAAAAAAGAGGGAAAACGAGUUAUG